GGGGGUAGAGGGAUGUAGUCUCUCUGGUUCCUUUCGAAACCUCUGAGGAGACAUGGAGAGUCUUGGCGGUGUCCCAGAGGCGGUUACCUCUGACAAGGCGUGGCCUAAGUGUCGCUACUAGUUGCGGACGCCUCCUUUUUGGCCUCCCCAUUGUGUUUACUGUGUCAUCUAUUAAUAGCAACACACCUAAAUGCUCGAGAGAAUUAGCAGGGUUUGUUUCCCAGAGGGAUUAUACAACCUUGAACAUGCUAAACAAGCCAAACUUUAUCAGCCAAAACAGCAAACAAGUGUUUAGUGCAGAGGGCACGCGUGCCGCACCGAACCUCAGAGGCAAGCUGGUUAACCUUUGCAGCUCCCUGAAUGGCUUGCAAGGUCCACUCCACGGCCACCACGUGCGCCCCCAUGGCAGGGAGUUGACCCCUCCCACCAGGAUGACGCUGCACGAGCAGCUGAGGGAGAAGAUCUCGGCGGCCUUCUACCGCCAUGGACUGCUGUGUGCCACUUACCCAGUGCCCAUCAUCCUCUUCACCUCGGCCAGCAUCCUCACCUGCUGCUAUCCUCUAUUGAGGCUCCCCCUGCCUGGGACGGGGCCUGUGGAGUUCACCACCGGGGUGCGAGACUACAGCGUCCCUUCCCAUGACCCCGUGGGAGACCUGGCAGAGUGGCCUGACUGGUAUGAAGGACCUCCAGUGGCCUACAUCCAGCAAGUGUUGGUCAAGGCAGCCGUGUCUCCGUGGGACAACAGCUUGGUGCCAGUGGACGUCUUUCGCUCACCGCUGGGCAGAGUCUUCAGCCUGCUGGAUGAGAUCCGCAACCACGUGCACACUGACGGCUCUGGUCUUCGCAGUCUGGAGUCCCUGUGCCUCCAGGUAACAGACCUGUUGCCCGGGUUACGGCGGAUGCGGUCAGUCCUGCCGGAGCACGGCUGCCUGCUCAUCUCUCCCGCCAACUACUGGCAGAACCAACGGGAGAUCUUCGACUCGGACCCCAAUCCCCUCAAGACCAUCCAGAUGCAUGAACCCAAAGGGCUGCACACGUCUGCCACGCUGAGAGAUCUGCUGUUUGGCGUUCCGGGGAAGCACACAGGUGUGAGUCACUACAACAGGAAGAGGGUGGUGACAUAUACAAUCACAAUGGUGCUGUCCAGCUACCACGCAAGGUUCCUCAGCAGCCUUCGGUCUCGUCUGAAGCAUCUCCACCCGUCCAACUGCAGCCUGAAGGAGGAGCGCAUGGUCCAUGUGCACUUCAAGGAGGAGAUCGGUGUGGCAGAGCUCAUCCCCCUGGUGUCCACAUACAUCAUCCUGUUUGCCUACAUCUACUUCUCCACACGAAAGAUCGACCUGGUGAAGUCCAAGUGGGGUCUGGCCCUGGCUGCCGUGGUCACGGUGCUCAGUUCCCUGCUCAUGUCUGUGGGGCUGUGCACGCUCUUCGGCCUGACGCCCACACUCAAUGGAGGGGAGAUCUUCCCGUACCUGGUGGUGGUGAUUGGCCUGGAGAAUGUCUUGGUCCUCACCAAGUCCGUGGUGUCCACGCCCGUUGACCUGGAGGUCAAGCUACGCAUCGCUCAGGGCCUGAGUAACGAGAGCUGGUCCAUCAUGAAGAACAUGGCCACUGAGCUGGGCAUCAUCCUCAUCGGAUACUUCACAUUCGUGCCAGCAAUCCAGGAGUUCUGUUUGUUCGCUGUUGUGGGUCUGGUGUCGGACUUCUUCCUGCAGAUGUUCUUCUUCACCACCGUGUUGUCCAUUGACAUCCGUCGCAUGGAGCUGGUUGACCUGCACAGGCACAUGCCUCCACCCAAGCCCGGCCCACAGCGAGUGCGCCCUCCCCCACGGCCCUCCCCUCACACCAUCAACCUGCACACCCAUAGGCCCCUGCGCCCCCCCAAGAGGCUUCGACUGGCCUACUUCCUGGCUCGCACGCGCCUGGCUCAACGCAUCAUCAUGGUCAGCACUGUGAUCUGGAUCGGUAUUCUUGUCUAUACCGACCCGGCUGGACUUCGCACCUACCUGGCAGCACAGGUAUCAGAGCAAAGCACUCUGGGAGAUCCCGGAGGCGGAGGCCUGAACCCCCACCUGGAGGUGGCCCCCGUCUUUCGUGGAGGAGAUCCCACCAGCACCCUCACUGAGCGUUGGGUGCCAGACCCGACACCGUUACCCGAGAACCAACCACAGGGACACCCUGGCUCCGAGGCGGAGCCCUUCCUGCAGCCUCCACCUGCUGUACCCCAGAUCACGUGGGGGUCUGGAGAUGAAGAAGUAUGGAGGAAGUUGUCUUUCAGACACUGGCCUUCACUCUUCAGCUACUACAACAUCACGUUAGCCAAGAGGUACAUCAGCAUCCUGCCCGUCAUCCCGGUCACCCUUCACCUGAGCCCCCAGGAAGCCAUCGAUGCGCGGCACCCCCAGGACACCCAGCGCCCUCUGCCGCCCAUUCCCAAGGUCACGGAUCUUCAGACGGACCUGACGCUCUACAAGGUGGCAGCUCUGGGUCUGGCGGCCGGCGUCCUGCUGGUCUUGCUGCUCUUCUGUCUCUACCGGGUUCUUUGCCCACGCAACUACGGUCAGAGGGACCGGCGGCGGCGGCGCCGAGGGGAACUACCCUGCGACGGCUACGGUUACGGGCCGCCUGUCAGCGAGAUCUCGCCGCUCCUACUGAGCGGUCACAUGAUGGACAUCGAGUGUCUGGCCAGUGAUGGGAUGCUGCUGGCGAGCUGCUGCCUGGCGGGACAGAUUCGGGUGUGGGACGCUUUGACGGGGGACUGCCUGACUGUCAUCCCCAAGCUCGGCGUUUCCUGGGACGCUUCCACUGCAGCGCCCAACUUGGACGAUUCAAGCGCCGGAGGUUGCGAUGCCUCAGAGGAGGAGGGCCACCUGUUAAGGCACCGCUCAUCUCGCUUCGAAGGCCAUCUUGAUAUGACACCGCUCAUCGACAUCAACUUCUCCCCGCCACCCUGCCCUCGCACCUCGCUGCCCAACAGGGGGGGCUUUGACUUCGGCAGCCUGGUGGCGACGGUCUACAGGGAGAACAAGUCGCCGUCGCCAUCCGCGUACUUCUGUCCCUCCUCGCCACCCUCAACCAAGACGGUCCACAGCCGACCUUCCCUGGGGGAGGCUGCUGCUCCGCCCCCCGUCCAUGACAUGAGUGUCGUGGAAGGAUCAGUGUGGGCCAUGGAGUUUAGUGGGACUCUAAUUGCUGUGGGGCGGAGCAAUGGUGUUUUAGAGCUGUGGGACGGUGUGGAGGGGUGUCUAUGCUGCAGCAACGACGGCGGCGCCUCUGGAAUCACAGCUCUCGUCUUCCUGGACAACAGAAUUGUGGCGGCGCGUCUCAACGGCUCGUUGGAUUUCUUCAGCGUCGACGUCAACAAACCUCUACUUCAUCUCCGAGGUGAGCUGCCAUCCGCACGCCGGCCAAGCGCCGUCGUCACCUUGUUUAUCUUGUAUUCAGGUGCAGCGGGUCGAGGGUCCGAGGACGCCAUCAGUUGCACGCUGACACGCUCGGUGCAGUGUGCUCACCAGAAGCCCAUCACGGUGUUGCGAGCCGCCGCCGGCAGGGUGGUCACCGGCAGCCAUGAUCACACUGUUAGGGUUUACCGUCUGGAGGACUCGUGCUGCCUCUUCACCCUGCAAGGUCAUUCGGGGGGGAUCACCGCCAUUUACAUCGACCAGACCAUGGCCCUGGCGAGCGGCGGCCAGGACGGCGCCAUCUGCCUGUGGGACGUCCUGAGUGGCAACCGCGUCCACCAUGUUUAUGGGCACCGUGGCGAUGUCACCUCACUGGUGUGCACCACGUCGUGUGUCAUCAGCUCGGGACUGGAGGACCUCAUCUGUGUUUGGGAUCGCAACACGGCAAUCAAGCUCUACUCCAUCCAGCAGGAAGCGGGCUGCGGCGCCAGUCUGGGUCUCAUCUCAGAGUCUCUCCUGGUGACAGGUGGCUUGGGCUGCGUCUCCUUCUGGGACCUCAACUACGGCGACCUCAUCCAGACGGUCUACUUGGGUCCGAGCAGUGACGGGCAAGGCGUGCGCCAGCUGCUGGUGCUGGACAAUGCCGCCAUUGUGUGCGACUUUGGCAGCGAGCUGAGUCUGGUCUAUGUGCCCUCAGUACUGGAGAAACUGGAUUGAGGAGGCGGAGCUUCUCUGUCAUGGACCAGGUUUGGCGUGUUUGAUUUAGUGCCCUGUAUGCUGCUGACCCGGGUGGGGCUUCACUCAAGGCUCAGCCCUCCUGUCCUUAUUUUUUAUUUCCUGCUGCUCCUCUGCUGCACAUGCCAACAUGUGGCCUGCUGCCAUCUGUGACACUUGAUGCGCGUGCACGUGACAGUUUGAUAUGUAUAGAUGGAUUAUUUAUUAGGUACUUUAGCUCUGAACAAUUAUUUUGGUGGGGGUAGGAAGUUCUUGAACAGGGGAAAGACACCUUUUAAGCUCCGCCUCCAUGCAAGGUUACUGAUGCUGCUGGCGGGACCCACGUGCACAACCUCCAUGUUCCUGUCAUGUUUACAAAGGCUGUUGCGGUCACAUGACUGUUUUGCUUUGUUGCAGCUCUGUUAAACAAUGUUUUGGACCAAACAAGUGAAAAUGUGCUUUGUAAAUGACUCAUUUAGGCACUUUUAGAAACAAGCAAGGUCAGUGACCUCUGGAGGGGAAGGGGCUGCUAGGAAAAACGGCUAUUUUGAAUUUUGACCGGAAACGCUGCACCCCUACUCCUUCAUUUGCUGGCUGUGUAGAUUUAACUUAUUGACUUUUGUAACAAACAAAACUUUGUACUGUACUAAUUUUCAAUAAAGAGUCUUUGAUACGA